UUAAACUUUAUUUAUUUUUUAAUUUUUUUCAGUUUUUUAAACUGUAUGUUAGGGUGUGUAUUGUUUAUGCGAGUCCAAUGUUGCGCACUGGCCAUGUCAGGGUGUCCAAGACAAAUUUCCAUGGAAAGGGACAAUGAAGUAUAUUCUAUUCUGUUCCCUUCUAUUCUACCUCUGAUGUCCCUGUGCAUUCGGUCCUUUCCAACUGUGUCCCUGGACACGGUGAAGAGAGGUACUGCUCGCCGUCCAACAUUCACUGGCCUCUUCUUCUUCUAGAUGCUUGGUUUCCACACUUUUAAAAUAUGCGUUCCCUUGGCUUUUGCAAAAAAAAAAAAAAAACUUUGAGGUGUUUGAAACCAAGUUUAAAACGUAGUUCUUUCAGUGACACACAGGACAUCAAACACCUUUGAAAGAAUAUAUCCAAAUCAAAUGUCAAUGGAAAACAAGUUUUUUGCUUUAUUUUUCUUUUUCUUUCUUUCUUAUGUCAAUCUUUACUGGGGGCAGGGGCGCCAAGAGCCAAGUUUAGAAAGGGACCAAACGUGGCUGGGAAUGAGGAAGCAGAGGGAGAAAAGUGGUGGCUGAGCUUUCGAAGGGCGUGUGCGUGCGGCAGGUGAGGGCCGUGCCCUAGGUGAACUAUAAAUUGCUCCGAGGCACCGGAACAGGUGCAGAGAGAGUGACGGCGAACUCCACGCAGCGGCACCAUGACUCUGUGGACCUGCGUUCUCCUCGUCGUCCUCCUGCUGGCAGCUGGAGAAUCACAAGCACAACAGGGUGUGUGUGGUCAAGCCCCCCUGAACACCAGGAUCGUUGGAGGGCAGAAUGCUGCCCCGGGCAGUUGGCCCUGGCAAGUCAGUAUGCGCUACCAGGGAAGUCACGUGUGCGGAGGGUCCCUCAUCAACAACCGGUGGGUCCUGUCCGCUGCCCACUGCUUCGCACUCAUCAGCACAAAUCCAAGCAGGUGGACUAUGGUUCUGGGCCUGCAGACCCAGCAGGGAACCAACCCAAACUCUGUGUCCGUAUCAGUCAGCAGCAUCACCGUGAACCCAAAUUACAAUGGAAACACCAACGACAACGAUCUCUCUCUGGUCCAGCUCUCCUCCACUGUCAGCUUCAGUGACUACAUCCAGCCCAUCUGCCUGGCAGCCGCUGGCAGCACCUUAUACAACGGCACCGAGACCUGGGUCACCGGCUGGGGUAACAUCCAGUCAGGAGUGUCCCUCCCUUCACCCGGGACUCUACAGGAAGUGCAGGUUCCUGUGGUGGGAAACAGGCAGUGUAACUGUCUCUAUGGACCGGGGUCCAUCACGGACAACAUGCUGUGUGCUGGGCUGCUGGCGGGGGGCAAGGACUCCUGUCAGGGGGACUCAGGAGGUCCACUGGUGGUCAAACAGGGUUCCGUCUGGGUCCAGGCCGGGAUCGUGAGCUUUGGUCAAGGAUGUGCUCAACCCAAAUACCCAGGAGUCUACACCAGGGUGUCCCAGUAUCAGUCCUGGAUCAGCUCAGUCAUCACCUCCAACCUCCCAGGAUUCGUCACGUACUCCUCCAGUGGGACAAAUGGUGACAACAGUGUCAGCUGCCCUGGACUGCCACCAUUGACCACCACCGUCCCCCCUUCACCGUAUGUGUGUGGCCAGGCCCCCCUGAACAACGGCAGCAGCAGCAGUGACCUGGCAGCUGAAGGGGCGUGGCCAUGGCAGGUGAGCCUGCAGAGAGGCGGGGUCCACGUCUGCGGGGGCUCCCUCAUCUCGCGGAGUGUCGUCAUGAGCGCGGCCGACUGCUUCAACAGCUCUCAGAUCAACAGCAGCGAGUGGACGGCGGUUCUGGGCCGGCUGAAGCAGAACGGCUCCAACCCGUUCCAGGUGUCGCUGGGCGUGUCGGGCGUCACCCUGAGCAACCUGACAGGAUCCAACAUCGCCCUGCUGCGUCUCGCCACGGCCGUGACCCUGACGAAUUACGUGCGGCCGGUGUGCGUGGACUUGAAUAAACCCGCCGUCAGCUCAGGAUCGCAGUGCUGGGUGACUGGAUGGGGCAGCGGCCAGGGUGGAGCAGGGCAGGUUCUUCAGCAGCUCCAGACGACCGUGGUGUCCUGCGGAAACAUCUCGUCCGCGGACUACAUCUGCACCUCAGCUGUGGACCUCCGGCAGGGCUUCGCAGGAGGCCCCUUGGUUUGCCAGCAGGCCGGUUCCUGGCUCCAGGUUGCAGUGGUAAUGAUGGAGAACAUCAACACCACUGUUCUCAGUGACUCCACCACCAGCAGCAGCAACUCCAGCAGCACCGUCAACAGCACAGUCACCAACAGCACCAACGUCACAUAUAACAGCAGCACCAUCAGCAACUCAACUUCCAACAGCACAGGCACCACAUCCACCAACAGAAUUGGCGUCAAAGCCAGCUCCUCCCCCGUACAGGUCUUCUCUACAACGUCCCGCUUCUCCAGCUUCGUCAUACAGAACGUGGUUGAUCUCCCUCCAAGCACUUUCACCUCAGGGGUGAUCUCCUCCACUGUGUCCGGAACCAUUAAUGGAGCAAACGGGUCUCCCUCUCUACCCCUUGUCCUUUCUCUUUUCCCCCCACUGCUGUCCCUCAUCCUCCUGACCCCCUGGGGGCACUGACACCUCCUUAGCUUUCAUCUUCUGAACAAACCAGUGCUUCUUAUCUGAGUUUUAGAUACAGUCUGCAUUUUCAAAUGAGGAACAAAGAAUUUAAUUACAUCACAGUUCAAGGACUGUGUCACAAAGCCUUCACUGAUGAUGUCAAAGUGUCCAAUAGCUGCGCAAAGCUCAAGUUCAGCGUAGCCGUUAAAAACGGUGGACUGCAACAUGAUUCACUUCCAUCCCUCUGCCAUAGUGCCUUGAGCAAAGUACUUUCCCUGAAUUGCUGCAGUAAAACACGUGUAAACAGCCAAACGGCACCAAUGAUGCCAGACGUAGAAAAGAGCUGCGUGACGCAUUUAUCUGAACUCGGUGGAAAUCACCAGCCCAAAGGUUACGCUCUGACUGCACCUCACCGGUGUCCUGACCGUGACGCUGGGGACAGAGGUGUCAUUUCCUUGUCAUCCUUCUGAGAGGUGACAUGUCGACUCCUUGGACCCAGAGUCUACAUCUACAUGAUUUUGCAUUAACCAGUAUUUGUAAUCUUCACCGCCACUUCUCCACUGCAUCAACACGCCGAGUCUCGCUGAUGGCCAGUACCUUUCUAUCCGUGUUCGAAAAGACCCCUGACCGUGGGAAAUGUGACAUAGGGAAAAUUAAUGUUCCGCAUGAUGUCAAAUAUUACCUCCGAACCUUUGCUUUACUUCAACAAUGAUCCGGGACGUGGGGAGCUGAACUCGAGCGUCCGGCAGGGCUAACCCUCAUUCAUCUUUUUCUCACUCGACUUCACUUUGAUUCUCGCCUGAGACGAAAACUGUUCUGUGUCAUUGGUAACGAGUAAACCAUGUCUGCACUUUACUUGGGUUAAAUAACUAGGUUUUCAGAGGUUUCGCUGUGGUUCUACCGCAAUCUGUGUACUGCUGUGUAAUUGCGUUGCGCUUUACGCAUUGUGUGUGUGGUUAGGGUUGUGCUGUCAGAGUGGGAAGUGCUUGUAUUUAUGUAAAAACAAAGAAAUCAGGGUUGUGAUCAUUCAGUAUCAAUAAAG